GAUGCCUUUUAGCACUCGAAUCAUUUGAGUGAAAUCACUGAUAGCGUUCGCUCGAGAAUACGCUUUCGAAUGACGUUGAGACAAUUGCCGGUAGUUGCCGGGAUAAUUGCUCGGUGCAGCGGGUAGAAAGGAUAUUCGAGUGAAAAAGUGGAACUGAAUAAAUUGUGGAAAUCGUGAAGAUGAUUCCGGCAUCGGGGGAGAGCUUCUGGGCGACGGUGGAGAUCCUCGUUCACGCUAUACCGGAGGUCGCGCGAGUUGAUCGCUUCAGCGAUGAUAUUGAGGACUGGCUGGAGACAGUUGCGAAUAAAGUGAAGAUGCUGAGGGAGAGGAAGAGGAGAAUGCACCAGACCCAUAAUGAGGGGGAGAUUUAUCCGGGGUAUCGUCCGAUCAUUGAUUGCAGCUUCAGCAAUCCACCGGUGAGGUCCAAGUUGGAGAUGCUGAUGGGUAGCAGUGUUGUGAGGCUGACAGAUCGCAGGUACAUGCUGAAACUCAUGGCGAGGAUACGACAGGAUUAUGAAAGGCGGCAAGAGGGAAGGAUAGACGAGCGAAAGAAAAAUGAACUCAUACGAACGAAGAUGAUGAUACUGAAUCGACUGAUACCCGUCCAAGAGGCACCUCUGGAGAUCCGCAGGUAUCCCCUCUUCCAGCUGUAUCUCUACUGCGACGCUAUCAUAGAAGAGAAGAGGAAGAAACGAUCACCGAAGCAGAUAAAAAUAGCACAGUCUCUGUAUCGCAAUCUCUAUCCGCAUUUAGAGACAGAGGAGAAGCUUGGAGCUGAAGAAACAGAAGUUUACAUGAAACGGAUUACAGUGAACGGAUCUCCUGAGUUGAUACCCUUGACCGCUGAGGAACUGGCAGAAGUGAAACGCGAGGAGGAGGCGGAAUCAGACAUCGACAAUGGGUACAUGUUAUCUCAGGAGGAAUACGACCGACUCCAUUACGAAACCGCUGCAAUAAAAGAUCUCAGGGAGGCACAGAACGUGGAGGAUAUGUACGCUAGAGCUCACGAAAUUCUUGGUAUCCUCUACUCCUACGUUGACGACGGUAAAUACAAGAAGUUGCAGAAGGAUGAGUCAUCUGCGUCAUCACCGCAGGGUCAAGAACUUGCCAGUGAACCCGAGACAACAGCACAACCCUCAACACAGGAAUAAUGGUCCCCUUGAUAAAGGGAAAAUCAUGACUUGCUUCUUCAUUCGAGAAAAUUCGUCACAACAUCAUAUUUACUUGGUGAACGAGGGGUUGCAGUCUGGGGAGGGAGAGCCCUGAGGAGUUUUAAGAAGUUAGUUGGAGAGGGUGAAGGACCGACUACUGGGAGGUAUGAGGCUGCCCAUGCAAAUAUAUUGUCGGAGGGGGUGGUAGACUGUCAGACUGUCUGAUGAAUGGUAAUAAACAUUUGAGGGGUGUGUGAUUCUGCGGUGAAAGUGUUAUUUAUGGGAGAGAUUUUUGUCCAGAUGUAGCUGAUGUUGAAAUGGAAUAAAUAAUUUUUUUUAAGUUUUGAAUCGAACUUAUUGAUUGUUAUUAUUAUCUGAAGAAAUAAAUUUUGAGUAAAUCAUUUGCGAGUGUAUUGAGUAGAAUUGACUAGUCACAAUUAUUCGUUCAGUCAAAUCUUAAAUACUUUUUAUUCAUUAACUUUCUUAUUGUGAUGUUAUCAUUUCACCAUCAGCUUAUGCAUCAUCUUGACAUAUUAGUUCAGGUAUUGAUAAACUGUCAGACUGGUUCAUGAAUGUUAUUAAAAGUUAAAACGUGGUACAAUCCCCCGGCGAGAGAGGUGAUUUAAUUUCAGUGACUAAUUUUUUCAAGUAGAUGAGGUUCGCGUUGAGUCAGACUAUUUUCUUACCAUGUGGGUUUAAUUGAAGUGCAAUAAAAAAUUCAU